AUGCUUUCCUCACUGCAUCUGUUUAUUAUGCCACACCAUUCCAGAGAAAGACAGGUUUCUUUCUCCUCUUCCCUUUCAGCUUGGAGACUGACAAAAAAAAAAGCCCCCAAAGAAAUAGUUGAUUUCAGUUUGCUUUUUCUCUUUCAUUUGUCACUUUUUCAUUUUUUCUUUCUUUUAUUACUUUUUGUUUUUUCUUUGUUAGGGCUUUUCUUUUCAAUUUGUUUUUUCUUUUUCUCUUUCCUUUAUUUUCUUUUUCUCUGUUCUUUCAUAGGUUUACUUUUUCUUUUGUUAUUUAAGUUUUAUUUUUCUCUUUCCUGUGUUAUUUUUUCUUUUUCUCUUUCCUUUGUUAAAUUUUCUUAUUCUCUUUCCUUUGAUCCCUUUUUUCUUUUUCCUUUGUUCCUUUUUCUCUUUCUCUUUCCUUUGUUAAAUUUUCUUUUUUAUUUCCUUUGUUACUUUUUCUUUUUCUGUUACCAUUGUUAUGCUUCUUUUUCUCUUUCCUUUGUUACAUUCUUUUUUCACUUUCCAUUGCUAGCUUUGCUUUUUCUCAUUCAUUUGUCACUUUUUAUUUCCUUUGUUACUUUUUUUUUUCUGUUACCAUUGUUAUGCUUCUUUUUCUCUUUCCUUUGUUACUUUUUCUUUUUCUCUUUCCUUUGUGACUUUUUCUCUUUCCUUUGUUACUUUUUUCUUUUUCUCCUUCCUUUGUUACUUUUUUUUUCCUUUCCCUUUGUUAGGUUUUUCUCUUUUCUUUGCUACUUUUUUUAUCUCUGCCCUUUUUUACUUUUUCUUUUUGCUUUGUUCCUUUUACUUUUUCUCUUUCCUUUGUUACUUUUUCUUUUUCUUAUCAUUUGUCACUUUUUCUUUUUCUCUUUCCUUUGUUACAUUCUCUUUUUCACUUUCCAUUGCUAG